AUGCCGGGCUUGCAGGGAGCGCGCUCGGGAGGAAUGACGCACCACAUCCAGGGGCCACAUUUGAUCCCCAACGUGGGAAGGGAGGCGAUGCUGGCAGCUGAGGUGGUGAGGAGAAAGCCCAAGUCCAAGGCGAAAGCGGAGAAGCCGGAUCCGAAGCCCGUUUCAAAAUCAAAGGUGGCAAAGAAGGAAAAAAAAGAAAAGAAGCGCAGGAAAACCUCUCCCGAAGCUUCUCACGCCAGUUCCAAGUCGCGUUCCCGGACCAGAAGUCACUUUCGAAAGGAUGUGGAUCCUUCUCAUGCAUCCUGUUCCGAGAGUCCUGAGCGAAGACAUGUGGAGCUACCAGCCAUUAGCCACGAAGCUCCUGAACGCACCCAUUCGGUGGAUUCGCAACGGGAGGAAAUGUCGGCUUCAGCUCAGGAACGAGAAGCCCGGCGCAUCGAGGAAGAGCGAAGGCAGCUGCAGCUCUUGAAGGAAGCACAGGAAAAGCGAAGGAAGUUGGAAAAUGAACGCAAGAAGAAUCUCGGUGGAGUCUUUGCGCUUUCAGCCGACGACUUCGAGAAGGAGGAUAAGGAGGAGCAAAGCAAGGCGCACGCGGCGCAAAGCGCCAUGGAUCGCUGCCCCGAACGGCUCGACCGGAUGGACCGGAUGGAUCGGCCGAGCCGAAAAUCCAAAGAUCCCAAGCCACUGGAUGACUCGACACCGGGGACCGGCUUUGAGAAGUGCUGGAAGAACUGGGACUUUGCCAAGGCAGACGACCCCGGGGAGGUGGCGCGGCAGUUCAUGCGCGUCACCGCGGCCAAGCGCCGCGGCUACGCGCCGGACCGCCGGGACGGCGGGGGCCACGGUGGCCACGGUGGCCACGGUGGGCGACGGAGCCGGAGCAGGGGGCGGUGACCAGAAACCGAGAAGCGAUUC